CGACGAAAUGAGUCUGUGGGUAGAUAAACACCGCCCUAAUUCCCUUACUAAACUUGACUUCCACAAGGAGCAAGCCUCCCAUUUGAAAAAGCUGGUGAACAGUGGAGAUUUUCCACAUCUGAUCGUGUAUGGACCAUCAGGGGCGGGCAAGAAGACAAGAAUCAUGUGCCUGCUUCGUGAGCUGUAUGGAUCUGGGGUAGAAAAGCUACGAAUAGAGCAACACAACUUUACAACACCUUCUAAUAAAAAGCUGGAUAUAUCUACCAUCUCCAGUAACUACCACAUAGAGGUUAACCCAAGUGAUGUGGGAAACAAUGACAGAGUUGUCAUACAGGAACUUAUAAAGACAGUCGCACAGACAAACCAGCUGGAAUCUUCUUCACAGAAAAGCUUUAAAGUGGUCAUUCUGACAGAGGUUGACCGUCUCAGUGUAGAUGCCCAACAUGCACUGCGACGGACGAUGGAGAAAUAUAUGGCAACCUGUCGCUUAAUCCUCUGCUGUAACUCUACUUCUAAAGUCAUUCCCGCCAUCCGCAGCCGAUGUCUUGGAGUCAGGGUAGCAGCUCCCUCUAUAGAUCAGGUUGGUCAGAUCCUCCAGAGUGUCUGUAAAAAAGAAGGAUUGACCUUACCUUUGGAACUAGCAACAAAAAUUGCCACAAAAAGUAACAGAAAUCUGCGUCGUGCCCUAUUGAUGUGUGAGGCUUGCAGAGUCCAGCAAUAUCCCUUCCGACCUGACCAGGAGGUCACAGAACCCGAUUGGGAGUUAUACCUGAAAGAGACAGCAAAUCUCAUAGUCCAACAACAAUCACCUAAAAGACUACUGGAGGUGCGGGCACGUCUGUAUGAACUGAUAACGCACUGUAUACCAGCUGACGUCAUUAUGAAAGGUCUUCUGAAGGAGCUGGUGAAGAACUGUGACGGGGAACUGAAGUUAGAGGUAGUGCAGUCUGCAGCAUACUAUGAACAUCGUUUACAGACUGGACAAAAGGCCAUCUACCAUCUGGAGGCUUUUGUGGCAAAGUUUAUGGCGAUCUACAAACGCUUCUUUGAGGAAGGCAUCGCCGAUCUGUUCUGAUGGAUAUUGUGUUUUAAGGUCUGUUAUGCAUGUUAGAGGAAUGAGUUACUGAGUUUCCUGUUAAUUUCUCCACCUUGUUAUCAGGAGACAGAAAGGACAGGCCUAUUUUCCAGAGGAGUACUAUAGCUAUACUUGGCUGCAUAGGGACAAUUCUUAUGACCAUCCAUCCAAACUUCACCAAUUACAAUGGUAGCAGUGGUCACAUGAAUGUUUAAUGUUUUAUUAGAAGAUGAUGUUACUCAGUGCCUGUUGUAUAUAAAUAGUGGUUUCCAGGAUACUGCCAUAUAGUCUCUAACAUGGCCUAGAUGAUGGUUUACAGGAUACUGCCAUAUAGUCUCUAACAUGGCCUAGAUGAUGGUUUCCAGGAUACUGCCAUAUAGUCUCUAACAUGGCCUAGAUGAUGGUUUCCAGGAUACUGCCAUAUAGUCUCUAACAUGGCCUAGAUGAUGGUUUCCAGGAUAUUGCCAUAUAGUCUCUAACAUGGCCUAGAUGAUGGUUUCCAUGACUAUUACCAUUGGAAUAGUCUCUAACAUGGUCUACAUGAUCGACUCUUGUGGAAAUGAAUUUAAUCUGUAACUGCAUUCUGAAGUGAAGUUGUCAAUAUAGUGGCUUGUAAGAAAAAAUGAUUCAAGAUAUGAAGGUUUUCUUGGUGUGUUCUGUUUCAAUCAUUCAGAUCAAUCCAUCAUCCGUAGCAACUGUUAAGUGACAAUUGUUUGGUAGUAAUUUUUGAUGGCAAAUGUGAUGGACAAAAUAAUGUCAUCAGAGUAAUGUAUAUCAUUAUACAUUAAAAAAAUGAAGUUUAUA